UCUGCGGCACAUCCACUGGACCCACGUUGUAACAUGCACCGAAAAUUUGUGCCCUAAACUUUUUCCCCCAACACUUCCCUUCUUAAACCCUAACCCCCUCUCUCCCCCACUCCCUCCCUCCCUCCCUCCUAGGCUGAAAACCCUAAACCAAGGCCCCAAUUUAUCCACCUCCAUUAAUGGCGACCGUCUCCUUGGACGAAUCCAAGGCCAAGAACGUUCUCCGCCAGGUGGAGUUCUAUUUCAGCGAUAGCAAUCUCCCGCGCGACAAUUUCUUGAAGAAAACCGUGGAGGAGAGCGAGGAUGAGUUGGUGAGCUUGGCGGUGAUAUGUUCCUUCUCUCGGAUGAAGACCCAUCUCGGCUUGAACGCCGCCACGAAGCCUGAUGAGGUCCCGGAGGAGAUGGUGCUCGCGGUGGCCGAGGUCUUGAGGAAAUCAUCUUCUCUCCGGGUUUCCGAGGAUGGUAAGAGGGUUGGUAGAAGUUCCGAAUUAAAACUUGACGAGGUCAUAGAGCAAGUAGAUUCAAGGACCAUCGCAGCAGUCCCAUUGCCUUAUGAUGUUAAGCUGGAAGAUGUGGAGUCUUUCUUUGCGAAGCUUGCGAAGGUUAAUAGUGUAAGGCUACCACGCCAUGUUUCUGACAAAAGGCACUUCUGUGGCAGUGCUCUGAUUGAGUUUUCAGAAGAAGAGGAUGCAAAAAAGGUUUUGAUGGAGAAAUUAUCUUUUGCAGGAGCAGAGCUUGAAAUAAAACCAAAGUAAUCUAUAAAUCUUCUUGAUGGAUUUUUUUUUCAGAAGAUUGUAACUGUAUGUUUCUUGUUUGGUCAACAUUUUAGUCCAUACUUCUCAUAUUUAUGCAUUAACUUAUUAUUUCAAAAUCUUUAUCAUAUGGUUCCCCCCAGCCUCCACUGAUCUGUCCUUGCUUUUCUUUUCUUUUUUUUUUCCUUUUUUCUGUGGGAUAAGAUGUUGUUCAAUUUCCAAAAGUUGGCCUACUGACUAUUGCAUUAUUUGCAUAAUGGUAUAUUCUUUAA